GUUCUCCUUCAGAACUGACUGCCGAGUAUGCCUGCACAAGAAAGCAGUUCAACAGGAAACUGAGUGAAUUCGGGUUAAUCCAGGAAAAGUUUGCUCUCAUGGCUCAGAAGGCUUACGUGAUGGAAAGCAUGGCCUACCUCACCGCAGGGAUGCUGGACCAGCCAGGAGUUCCGGACUGCUCCAUCGAGGCAGCCAUGGUGAAGGUAUUCAGCUCCGAGGGUGCCUGGCAGUGUGUGAGCGAGGCGCUGCAGAUCCUGGGGGGCUCGGGCUACAUGACAGACUACCCCUACGAGCGCAUGCUGCGUGACGCCCGCAUCCUCCUCAUCUUCGAGGGAACCAAUGAGAUCCUCAGGCUGUUCAUUGCUCUGACGGGCCUGCAGCACGCCGGCCGCAUCCUGUCCUCAAAGAUGAAUAAGCUUAAACAGGGCAAUGUGGGCAUAGCCAUGGAGAUCGUUGGCCAGAAGCUUCGGGACUCUCUGGGCCAAACCGUGGAUAUGGGACUGACAGGCCAACUUGGACUGGUGCACCCUAGUCUUGAGGACAGUGCCACCAAGCUUGAGCAGAACGUGUAUUACUUUGGCCGAACUGUUGAGUCAUUGCUGCGCCGCUUUGGAACGAGCAUCGCGGAUGAGCAGCUGGUGCUGAAGCGGGUGGCCAACAUCCUCAUCAACAUGUACGGCAUGACAGCUGUGCUGUCACGGGCCAGCCGCUCCAUCCGUACUGGGCUCCGGGACCAUGACCAAGAGAUUCUGUUGGCCAACAUGUUCUGUGUGGAAGCUCAUUUUCAGAAUCUCUUCAGCCUGUCUCAGCUGGAAAAGAAUGCUCCAGAAAACCUGGAUAAGCAGACUAAGAAAAUAGCCCAGCAGAUCCUUGAGAAGCGAGCCUACAUCUGUGCCCACCCCUUGGACAGGAUGUCCUGAGGCAGGGACAGUGCUGCUUCCUGUCCCCAGGCCACAGCUAACACUAGACAUCGUGGAGAACCCAGGGCAUCCCAGCUGGAGUCACUGUCGCCAGUACGCAUUGGAAGGGCUUCCUCCUGCCCCAGGGCCUUGGCUGGCUGACCUGCAGUUGUUCACAGCUGCCGAGCGUGAGAGCAUGGAGUUGCACUGCAGCUGUGGACACAGCAGUGGUAGUACCAGGGUUGCAGGGCUUGGUCUGAGGCCGGGCAGCCAUUUUUACUAUACCACAGGUUAAGAAACAGUUUGGAAGCUGCGGCUGGGUCACACGUGGAUACUAGGAGCCAUUUAACAAAAAAGAAUAUAAAAUGCUCCAACGUGUGUGUGUCCCUUUCUAGACUUACUAUACUAGCCAGUUAUUUCCCAGAACUGCCUUUGAGUAGCUAGCAGUACAACCCUGAGAACCACUCUCUGGCAAUGACUUCUGGUCCUUCUGGUCUGCUCUGUCCCAGUCCUGGGAGAGGAGGAGCUGAACACUAACACGUAGUACAGGUAGUGCAUGGCCACAGGACUUGUGACAGAGCCCUAGCCUUUGACCCCUUGGGUGAAGGAGAAAAAAACUGCAUGACCGGAGUAUAUGGUGUCCGCUUAUUCCCACCUGGGGCUUUGUGUUUCUUUGCAAGGAUUGGCCUCACCUUUUUUUUUUGGUACCAGGGAUCAAACUUGGGCCCUUGGACUUUCAAGGCAGGCGGCAGCACCACUAAGCUAAAUCCCAGCCCGGCCUCACUCUUGAAGAGAGGGUGGUAAGGUAUCUUUUGGUGGCACCAACAGGGCUUUGCAUUUCCUCAAGCUUCUGUCUGGUCCCUGGGCUCCAAAAAGCCUAUUGUGCAGGUUACCUGGAGGUGGGAAGGAGACCAGGCCCUCUCCCUUAAUGGGAAAAGCUUUACCGAUAUUGUGAUUUGGGAAAUAACUUUCUUAUGAAACCCAGAGUUCUUUGUCAGCAAACAGGCAGUUAGUAUGAAAUUUAGAGUAGCUGCCUGCUCUGUAUCGUGCAGGGCUGCACAGAGCUCCUCUGCCUGAGAAGCCGGCAGUGGUCAGAGCCUGCCCCAUUCUGGAGGGCACCCGGGCAUUCUGGGCCUGUUAACAGGGAGGGUCCCCUCAGCAGGUUCCCCACUCGCCCAGCUGGGUUUUAAAAGCCUCACCACCAGGUCAGUCUCCCUUGCACCUUUAGCUUUUUUUUAAAUGUUGUGGUGGAGGGGAGCCCUGGAAGCUCAAGGAACCUGGGUGGAAAGGCUGGUAGUGGAGCUGAGGAAGGAGACCCUGUAUUCUCAGCUGGACAGAGCCCCCUGCGCACCUGAGCCUGAAAAAGGCCAGCAGGUCUGCGUCCUCACCCCCAGGCUCACAGGCCCAGGGCCCCUCUGAGAGGAAAGGAGCGAAACCAGGCCACAGCGGGGCUGACAUCCCAGCACUUUCUCCUGUUUCAUUAGCUGUUCCCUUGUCCCCAGCUGUUCUCAGGAGUGGGGGGGAGAAGAACCCCUCUUAUGUAUCUUAUAUAUAUGAUCUGGGUUUUUGGGAAAGGUCUUCCUGGCAAACCUUAUUGCUAGGUAAAAUGUCUCUCCCUGAACAAAGUUUCUGGUUUUGUUAACCAACAAACUUGGGUUCUAUAUCAACCUCAAAGUGACCCUGAAGUUUGUCUGCAUAAACAGAGGCGAAGACAACUCAGGCUUGGUGUAGCAAGGCUUUUCCUUCCUGCCUUCCUCCCUGCUCCUGGAUCUGGAAGGUAAUUGCAAGUCCAAGCUGAAGCUUGAAAACCUGAGCCCUCCCUUCCACUCCCCAAUUUGAUAGCUAAGGAGCCAGACCCAAAGCAAGGAAAGGAUUUGCCCAGAACCACAUGGCUAGCAUGGUAGACUGAA